AUGAUAAUAAUUACAACUGGUGCAUGUGCAAAAACUCUGGGUAGAGUAAAGGAUGCUAAAAUAACAAUUCAAAACAUAAUGUUGCAUAUAUCAAGUGAUAAAAAAUUAGUAGAAAUUCUAAUCUUCAAUACAAGUAUUGAAAUACUUAUAUCAAGUUAUAAAAAACAGAAAUAUGAUAGUGACAGAAGUAAUAUAUUUGAUGAGUUAGAAUAA